AUGGUAUACAGCCCGACCGCGCGCUUCUUCACCCCAAACCAAUCGGCGAUCUGGACUGACCCUUCUCAACCUUGUUUCGACUCGUCGUCAACACUCGCAGUGUUCUCGCUCGUCUCCUUCGUUCCUGAGGAGCACGUGCAGAUCUCAGGCGAAACCAAAGCCUUCGAAGACCACGGUGCCGACAGCGGAAACGUGCUCUACCGACGCUUCUGCCCGGACUGCGGAGCACCCAUCCAGAGCGUCUCGCCCUCUCGCGCCGGCAACGCCAUCAUCAAGAUGGGCGUCUUUGCUCGCUCCCAGGGCUGGGGAAAAGAAAUCCAGGGACCUUCGGCGCAGAUCUUUACGCGCAACAAGAAAGACUGGGAGCCUCUGGUAGAGGGUAUCCCUGCUGUCGAUGGUAGACCUCAAUAG